GAAGCACAUUUUUUUGAGUUCAAGAUGUAGAUUUCCGAAAGUUCGACUAGAACCAAAUAUGAAGUUGCUACUAUUGACGUUAGAAAUUGUUAUGAUUAUUGUUCUUCGAGUCUCAGUUAGUAUUUGUGGGUACGAUCGACAAUGUCCACAUUCAUCACAAAGGGGUUUUCGUAUUCGUAGUGAAUGCGGUGGUAAUUCAACAGUGUACAAUUGUUUAUACAACACGAAAAACAAAACCUACAUUGAGUUUUGUGAGAAAAAUGAGGAAGCCAGAGCAGGCUUGAAAUAUGUUAUCUCUGGGACGUUUAGAAAUGUAAGGUGUUCUGAAGAGAGAUAUCAACCAAUCACAUUUUGGACAAACCGAAGCACUAAUUGCUUAUAUUUAAAGUCACCGUGUACUGAAACUGGACAACUAGUGUUCGACAAUACGUCAACUAUCGGCGAUUCUACUUGUCGAUGUGAUUACACAAGACAUUAUGCAUUUGUAUCACCACCACGAAAUCCAUGUUUCUGUAUGCCGUCCGUGGAAGACUGCUCAUGUUACAUUAAACAGUGUCCCAAAAAUACCACGUUAUCACCUGAUAAUGAAUGCGUGUAUUUGAAUUCAACAGAGAAAAGUUUUAACUGCAAUCCUGUUAUUCAUACGCAUACAAAUGGAUCUGACAUGGACACUUUACAAAAAGGUACUAAAAAGUUUCAACCUUGGAUGAAGUCUUUACGAACAACUUUAGCAGUAAAAAUAGUGUGUAUCGCUCUAAUUGCAGUCAUAUUGGUAGUGGUGAUAUAUGAUAGAAAAAGUAAACAUGGAAAACAGAAUACAAAAGGUGAAAUAAGUCUACAUAAUAAUUUUGAAAACAACCCUCUUCUCGAUGCAUGUCAAAAAGGAGAUAUAUCAAUAGUAGCCCGUCUUAUUGAGAGAGGUGCUGACAUUAACACUACCGACGAGGAUGGCAACACGCCAUUGUCAUUGUCCUGUAAAUAUGGCAAAAUUGAUAUAGUAAACUUACUGAUAGAUAAAGGUUGUGAUAUACAUAAACCUGACAAUAAUGGAAGGACACCUCUAAUGAAUGCUUGUUUUCUAGAAGAUAUGUCAAUAGUUGCCCGUCUUAUUGAGAGAGGUGCUGACAUUAACACUACCGACGAGGAUGGCAACACGCCAUUGUCAUUGUCCUGUGAAUAUGAUAACCUUGUUAUAGUAAACUUACUGAUAGAUAAAGGUUGUGAUAUAAAUAAACCUGGCAAUAAUGGGAUGACACCUCUAAUGAUGGCUUGUUUUCGAGGAUAUCUGCCGGUAGUAGACCGUCUUAUUGAGAGAGGUGCUGACAUUAACACUACCGACGAGGAUGGCAACACGCCAUUGUCAUUGUCCUUUGAAUAUGAUAACCUUGUUAUAGUAAACUUACUGAUAGAUAAAGGUUGUGAUAUACAUAAACCUGACAAUAAUGGAAGGACACCUCUAAUGAAUGCUUGUUGUCGAGGACAUAUGUCAAUAGUAGCCCGUCUUAUUGAGAGAGGUGCUGACAUUAACACUACCGACGAGGAUGGCAACACGCCAUUGUCAUUGUCCUGUAAAUAUGGCAAAAUUGAUAUAGUAAACUUACUGAUAGAUAAAGGUUGUGAUAUACAUAAACCUGACAAUAAUGGAAGGACACCUCUAAUGAAUGCUUGUUUUCUAGAAGAUAUGUCAAUAGUUGCCCGUCUUAUUGAGAGAGGUGCUGACAUUAACACUACCGACGAGGAUGGCAACACGCCAUUGUCAUUGUCCUUUGAAUAUGAUAACCUUGUUAUAGUAAACUUACUGAUAGAUAAAGGUUGUGAUAUAAAUAAACCUGGCAAUUAUGGGAUGACACCUCUAAUGAUGGCUUGUUUUCGAGGAUAUCUGCCGGUAGUAGACCGUCUUAUUGAGAGAGGUGCUGACAUUAACACUACCGACGAGGAUGGCAACACGCCAUUGUCAUUGUCCUUUGAAUAUGAUAACCUUGUUAUAGUAAACUUACUGAUAGAUAAAGGUUGUGAUAUAAAUAAACCUGGCAAUUAUGGGAUGACACCUCUAAUGAUGGCUUGUUUUCGAGGAUAUCUGCCGAUAGUAGACCGUUUUAUUGAGAGAGGUGCUGACAUUAACACUACCGACGAGGAUGGCAACACGCCAUUGUCAUUGUCCUGUCAAUAUGAUAACCUUGUUAUAGUAAACUUACUGAUAGAUAAAGGUUGUGAUAUAAAUAAACCUGGCAAUAAUGGGAUGACACCUCUAAUGAUGGCUUGUUUUCGAGGAUAUCUGCCGGUAGUAGACCGUCUUAUUGAGAGAGGUGCUGACAUUAACACCACCGACAAGAAUGGAGAAACCUCAUUUACAUGGGCCUCGAAAGGUUGUAACAAUGAUAUAGUUAACCUACUUUUGGAUAAAGUUUCUGAUGAACAUAAACCUAACGAUGUUGGAAAAUCACCACUUACGGAAGGUUGUGAUAACAAAGAUAUGGUAAUAGAUGACGGCCCUGAUAUACAAACACAAGAACAGAAUGUGGCAGAAAUAAGUAUAGAGUUUCCAUGGCUUGGCAAUUCUGAUGGAUUACUUAGCAUGCUUGCUUUGGGCUAUUUCAAGAGUUACGAGAACAAUUUAUGUCUAGCAGGUCCCUGUAAGGCUGGAAAAAGUACAUUAGCUAGUGUACUCAUUGAUGACGAAAUUCCCCUCCAGUAUAAAUCAACAGACGGACUAGUUAUAUUCUUUGGCAGGAAUGGAAUAGAUUUAGAUAGCAAAAUUAUGGUUCCGCUGACAGAAGGAGAUAGAGGACAUUCUGUCGUUGAUAGAGUUCUUCGUGGACAUCCUACAUUAGAUCUUAACAGUAAUGAUGAAAGCCGAAUUGAAACAUUGUCCAGGCAGAAACGGUCACCGAUAUUAGGACAAACGGAACAUGCAUCACCAGCAAAAGAGGAGAUGCAAAAUGAAAAUCUAAAAUCUGAAAUUUCUAAACACGAACACACUUCCGAAAAGUCAUCUAUUGUGUAUACUGAAGCACAAUAUUCAAGUAGUCAAACACAGAGGGAAAACAUAUCGCCAGUUCAUGAAAUGUCGAAGCUAAAAUAUUAUACCAUUCAUGAUGAUAUACUUAAUGAAGUUAGAGAUGGUCGAUAUAAAAUUAGUAUAGCACCAUCCGAUCUGAUAGACUUUGGUGGACAAAGGUCGUACGAUAUGACUCAUCAACUUUUUAUACACCAUAGUGGUUCUUUCGUGCUGAUGUUUGACGGACUGAUUGGCCUAGACACUCCUUUGCAAGAGUACCCAAAUGGAAAAACUACCGCUGCAUGCAAUAAUGAUUCAAUAAAGAAGGUUUAUGCCAAAACAAAAAUGUAA